CGCAAACCGCAGUUCCAGCUCGUCACUGCCAUCACUACUUAGCUGCGCGCCACGUCUUGCAUCCUCUUUCUCGCCUCCCCAGCCCCGGCUGCUUCUGCACUGCUUGUCCACUCACAGGCUCCUCGCCGGUCCCGCAAGACUAAGUCCUGGCACCGCCGCCACCCAACGCUUCGCCAGCACCGCCCGCCAAUCCACCAUGGUCGCACUCGAGGACGACGUCCCCACCUGCUCGCUCUGGCCAUUCCGGCGUCGCAGGCGUCUCGAGCAGACUGGCUGGGCGCGGCUCUCAGACAGCGACGAGAAAGUGGCCACCGCCACGCCGUCUCCACCAAGCUACUCUGACCUUCCUCCGCCCCACCCACCCCGCCCCGACGCAUACGCGUCCCUUGCCCCCCUCCCCCUCCAGGCGGGACACACGGGGCGCUCGCACGCCUCCUCCGUCUCCAACACCUCGCUCCGCACCGCGUCGACAGGCGAGUAUAUGUCGCUGGACGCGGACCCGUUCGACGACCCCGAGAGCCCCGCCCGCGUAGCGUACCUCAGUUCGCGUCUCCAGAGCCUGCAGCACUACACGUCGAGCCGACCCAUUGAGCCGCCCGCGCCCGCUGAGCAGCCACUCUCGCUGCUCGACAUCCAGGACCCGAAGACGCGCGCACCCGUCCGCGUCGCUGCCACGCUGGGCGAGCGCAAACUCUCGGCCAUGGCGCGGGACGAGCGCCGCCUCGUGCGAGCGCGCGCAGAAGCCGAUGCAUGGCGCCACGAAGCGAAUCUCGUGUAUCACCAGUUGUGUGCGGCGCGCAUUCUCGCCCUCGAGCGCAUGUACGAGCGCAAUGCGUGGCGCGAGCGCUGCGAGGCCGUCGAGGAAGAGAGGCAAGAGGAGCGACGGAGGCAACAGAGGAGGUAGCUGACACGCGGAAGGAGCAUGCCUGCUGAGCGGCAAAGUGAAAGAUAGAUCUCUCGGAGUCCAUCUCUCGAGCUGGACUCCGCAAUCUUUAUUGUAUUUCCUGUAAAUAGUAAGCUAGAGCGCUGGACGCUAAUGAAUGUCACGUCAGAAGUUUA